AUGCACGCAGCGGACUUAGCGUGCGUCGCCUUGCUGCUGGCCAUUAUUGCGGUGUCGCUGCUGUCCAACCUUCUGGUGCUGAUUUGCUUCGUCAACAACCCGGAGAUCCGCAAACAUGCCCCCGCUCUUUUCAUUCUCAAUCUGACUUUCUGCAACCUGUUGCAGAGCGUCUCCAACAUGCCGCUCACCCUGGCGGGGGUCCUCACAUCGGGCCAACAGCCCCGUGGAGCAGCGGGAGGCGGAGGCGGUGUGUGCCAGACAGUGGGCUUCCUGGACACCUUUCUUACCACCAACUCCAUGCUGACCAUGGCGGCGCUUAGCAUCGAUCGGUGGGUGGCGGUGGUCUUCCCGCUGAGCUACCACUCCAGGGUGCGACAUCGGGACGCGGUGGCGGCGCUGGGCUACACCUGGGCGCACUCACUCUGCUUCUCCGCUGCCGCCUCCUGCCGCUCCUGGGUGGGCUACCACCACUUAUACGCGUCGUGCACACUGCGCUGCGCCAAGGCCAAAGGGGUUGGGCUGCACUACAUCGUUUUUACGGUGACCCUGCACGCGCUCAGCUUCCUGCUCGCUCUAGUGGCCAUGUGCGUGACCUACUUGAAAGUGCUCCGAGUGGCCAGAUUCCACUGUAAGCGCAUCGACGUGAUCACCAUGCAGACACUGCUACUGCUCGUGGACAUUCACCCCAGCGUCCGACAGAAGUGCCUGGAUGAGCAGAAACGAAGGAGGCAGCGGUCCAUAAACAAGAUCAGCACCUUUAUUGGCACGUUUGUCAUUUGCUUCACACCGUACGUCGUCACCAGAAUGAUAGAGUUGUUCUCCCCGAAUCACAUCAAUGCUCAGUGGGGUGUGCUGUCCAAAUGCUUGGUGUACAGCAAAGCAGCCAGCGACCCUUUUGUCUACUCGCUGCUCCGCCACCAGUAUAGGAAAACCUACUGCCUCCUGGCUCGCAAGAUCCUCGGCAGAAGCCGGCGGGACUCCUUCUCCCCUGCGUUGAAGGCCAACCCUAGGAGGAACCCGAACAGCCAGAAUACUGCCAACGCUUCUGGUGAUCACGUCCAAGAGCCCGGCAGCAAGCCAUCUCUUGGCCACUGA